UUAUCAUAAGGAUCAAAGUGAUGUUGUUUUAGGAGGUUAAAAUGCAUUCAAUAUCCUAAAUUUUCGCUUAUAAUGAUGUAACAAAAAUGCUGGAAUCUCACUUUAAUUUAACCGCCGCAAGCGUCCGUUAGAAAUUGACAUUAACCAUUUCAAUUUUUUGGCUAGCUAUGCUCUCUCUCUCUUUCUCUCUCUCUCUAUAUAUAUAUCUCAUUCUUCCAACGCCGUCGACGCCGUACAUUCGGACCAUCCGACCGCCGCCAGCUUGCACUGCACAAGACCGGAUCAUCAGUCACAUAGGCACGAGGAUUACUUGAAGAUGGCUCAAGGAUUCUUGGGAUCGGGGGCUCGAAAGCUGAUUCUCACUCAUUAAACCAGCUCAGUCAGGAAGCGGCGGCGGCGGCUAUGAGGAUUACUUGAAGUUGGCUCGAGGCUUGCUGAGAAAGUGAUGGAUUUGUUUCCGUGAACUCGGUGUGCAGUUUGGGAGCGGGGAAAGAACUUGAUGAAACUACUAAUGGGGGGACGAGGGUGAGAAAGAUGAGAUGCAGGGGAUAAAAGAUAGCAUGGUUAGCCAGAAAACAAUUACUUCUAACCGAUGUUUGUGGCUGUUAAAUUAAGGGUGAGAUUGCACCAUUUUAUUAAAGUAAAGGUGAUCUACUUUAACUUAUAUUCUAAUUAGAGGCUAAUGGUGAUUUUAUUAGCUUCUUCUCCUAUUCAAUAUCCAUCGAAAAUUUAGGGUAGUUGUUGAUUUUACUUCCUUUAUAGCAUCUCUAAAUUAUUGGGUCGGGUACCCAAUGCAAAACAGCAGCAGCCACUGGAGCGUGGUCAGACCUCCGAACCAACGCUGCUCCUCAUACAUUGUAUUUAAGAAAAAGGCUAUUGUUAUUAAAAAGUGUGCGCAUUUAAUUAGUUGGCAAAGUGGGAAAGACGGUCGUGAUUGGUGACGUUUUACAUAUCACAAGCAGGGAUUCUAAUUCUGAGAGGCAUAGGAAGUGUUGGAGGUGGAUUGGGAUAAUGUGGUUGUCAAACUCAAACUGGAUAAGGGAGACUUCAAUGGGGGAACUGAUCACUUGGGGCGCACUCAUCCGCAGGAAGGGAAGAAGUAAAGUUAGAAUGACGAAAAGUGGCCGUCAACGAGGAUAAGGCGCACCUUGUUUCAAGUGUGGAAAUUGUUAAAGUGCAAAAUAAUGUGGAUAACGCAAUAGCUAUGCAUAUGCCAAGUGGCAUCGGUCUCCAUCUCAUAUUGACGCACGCUUUGUUGGAUAUAUUUAUGAAGAAGGCGUGUUUUAAAGACUUAGAUUGGGCGGGACGGUUAUGUGGUUGAUGAUGAAGAUAAAGACCAUUAUGCAGGUCAAAAUCCCACUGAUAAAUAGCAGUGACAGGAUGGUGUGGUUGAAGAGCGGAAGUGGAGAAUACAUGGUAAAGCUUGGUUAUAAAGUUGCCCUGAAUAAACUGAAGAAUAGUGGCACUAAUAAGCCAAGUGAAUCUUAAAAACCCUCUAAUUAAAUAUCUAUGGAGUGGGAUCUGGAAUAUCAAACUACCUCCUAAGGUGCUACAUUUCAUGUGGAGGGCGGUGAAUAGUGCUUUAGCAACUAAAGAAGCACUGUACAAAAAGAAGUGUUCGGCGAAUCCUCUCUGUGAAAUUUGCAAAACACAUGUAGAAACUGUUGAGUAUGUGUUGUUUCUGUGUCUAUGGGCUAAACUGUGCUGGUUCGGCUCACCCCUAUCCCUGAAAUUUGAAGGAAAGGGAAAUUCUUGCUUUGACAAAUGGCUCGAGGACUGAUUUGGUAGCAAGAUGGGAAAGGAUAAACAGAAUUUAGCAGUAUUUGCUGGAAUUUGUUGGUGGAUAUGGAGAUUCAGAUGCAAGGCAGUGUUUGAAGGAGAAGAUGUUGAUGCCUUGGAUUGUUUAGCAAAAGCAAUGAGAUUGGUUAGAGAUUUUUUUGAUGCUGCUGAAAGGGAGGGAAGGAAGGAUGUGUGUAGAAAGAGCUGUGAUAGAAACCAGAAGUGGUUGAAACCAGCUUCUAAUAUGAUUACGGUUAAUGACGAAUGCCUAGCUCUUUUGUCUUCAUUAGAAGUUGCUGAAGCUAGAAGCUGGGAAAAUGUAGUCUUUGAAAUGGACUGUCAGGAGCUUUAUGGUCUAUUGCAGAGGAAGGAUGGGAAAAGGGAAGAAUGGUGCUGUUCUGAAGUGGUGCAAAAGUGUAUGGAUGGCUUAACAUUAAUGGAUUCGUGGAAGUUAUCUUUGGUUGAUAGAAAGGGAAACAAGGCUGCAGACUUUAUUGCAGCUGAGGCUUUAAGGGGGCACGGCUUUGUGAUUGUCGUUUUGAUUAAUGAUGUGAGGUUUUGUGAUCUGAAUGGUGGGAACUGAAUUGGUAUAGGCUAAGAGGUCUUUUGUUUUUUUUGGUUUUUCUGUUUGAGUUUGUUUGUUUUUAGUUUUUUGUUUUGUUUAGUAAGGUUUGUGUGUUAGGUUGUACUC